AUGGGCAACGCAACAGACGUCAGCAACAACCCCGAAAUGGCGGAGUCUCAGAAGGCCAAGAUGGAUGCCAGCAACACCGACGCCGCGCCGGCGUAUGCGCCCCCUGCGGAGGACAACAGUGUGCUGGGAGGAGAGGAUGGUGAACUCAUCGAUUACAAGACCCUUUCCUGGUGGCAAGGUGGUAUCGUCUUGAUCGCCGAAACCGUCUCCCUGGGUAUUCUCUCUUUGCCCUCUGUCCUGGCCACUGUUGGCCUCGUCCCUGGUAUCAUCCUCAUCCUCAUCAUGAGUUUCCUGUCAACGUAUUCUGGUGUGGUUUUGGCCGAGUUCCGUAAGGAGUAUCCUUUCGUGCAGAACUUCGGUGACGCCGUCGAGGUCAUGGGCAAGUCCAUUGGCAUGGGCCGUGUGUUCCAGGAGGUUUUCGGCUGGGCGCAGGUCAUUUUCCAGGUUUUCGUCAUGGGUAGCCACUUGUUGACCUGGACCAUCUGCAUGAACACCCUUACCAACUCGUCAACUUGCACCAUUGUCUGGGCCGUUGUUGGUCUGGCCGUUUUCGCCGUGCUCAACUUCCCCCGCACGCUCAAGUACACGAGUUGGAUGUCUAUGGCCUCUUGCAUUUCAAUCACCCUGGCCAUGUUGAUCACCUUGGGUGAUGUUGCGGCCGAGCGUCCUAUCGGUUCCGGAAGCAUUGACAUCACCCGUCAGCUCGGUUUCACCGGUGCAUUCCUCGCUGUGACGAACAUUGCCAUCUCUUUCUCCUCCCACUCCUGCUUCUUCAGCGUCAUUGGCGAGUUCAAGAAGCCCGAAGACUGGCCCAAGGCCCUGGCCCUCCUCCAAAUCGUCGAUACGACCCUUUACUUGCUUGCCGCCAUCGUCAUCUACGUUUUCGUCGGUCCCGAUGUCCCCUCGCCCGCCCUCUCCGCUGCCGGUUCCAAGACCAUGCGCAAGGCCAUCUGGGGUAUUGCCAUUCCGACCAUCGUCAUCGCCGGUGUCAUCUAUGGCCACGUCGCUGCCAAGUACAUCUUCUCCCGCAUGUUCCGCAACACGAAGCACAUGAUCCGCCGCACCAAGCUCUCUGGCAUUGUCUGGAUCGCCAUUGUCAUCGGCAUUUGGGCCAUCUCCAUGGUCAUUGCUGAGUCGAUCCCCGUCUUCAACAGUCUGCUCGGUCUCAUUUGCGCCCUGUUCGCUUCGUGGUUCUCGUACGGUCUUCCCGGCAUCUUCUGGCUGUGGAUGCACUACGGCAACUGGUUCACGAGUGGCAAGCAGAUUGCCAAGUUCCUGGCCAACGUCAUGUUGCUGCUCACUGGCUUCCUCAUUUGCGUGCUGGGAUUGUGGGCGUCAAUUGAGGCUAUUGCAACUGAGAAGUUGACAAAGCCUUGGACUUGCGCCUCCAAUGCUGCGCCAUGA